ACCUAUACAUAGCGGCUUGUUACUUUCUUUCAUUUCUCCCACCUAUAUCAGCUAUCUUUCCCUCCUCCACACCGAUACACGACUACUCUUUACGACCACCAGGACCAGAGGACGACAACCUAUCACCAUGAGCAUCACUUGCACGCACGUCACGCCAGAAUGUCCCGUCACAGCGACAACAUACGGCUACUACCCCAACCUAGGCGGUAACAUCUUCUUCGCCGUCUACUUCGGCCUACUCGGCACCCUCCAACUCGGUCUCGGCGUCUACUACCGCUCCUGGACAAUGAUAAUCGCAAUGGUAAUCGGCGGAUACAUGGAACUAGCAGGAUACAUCGGUCGAGUCCUAAUGAACCACAACCCCUGGGACCAAGGCGCCUUCAAACUGCAAAUCGUCUGUCUCGUCCUCGCCCCGACCUUCAUCGCCGCCGGUAUCUAUCUCACCCUGAAACACGUCAUUCUCUCCCUGGGCCCGGAAUACUCGCGUCUGAAGCCCCAGCUCUUCACCUGGAUCUUCAUCAGCUGUGAUGUCGGAUCACUCAUUCUCCAAGCCGCAGGUGGCGGUGUUGCCGCGGCAGCAGGCAGCGAGAACCAGAGUCUGCUGAAGGUGGGCGAUGAUAUCAUGGUAGCGGGUAUCGCUUUCCAGGUGGGCACGAUGUCGGUUUGUGGUCUGUUGGCGUUGGAUUUCUUCAUCCGUGUCGUGAGAAAGGGACCGGGUUUAGGCGGCGAGAAGUUCAUUGAUGAGAAUGGAAACCUCACUGGGCCGAAGAACCUCAGGCUUGUUAUUUGGGCCGGCAUCGUGGCUUACUUUGCUACUUUGAUUCGGUGUAUUUAUCGUAUCCCUGAAAUGGCCGGUGGAUGGGGUAACCCGCUCAUGCAGAAGGAGAAUGAGUUCCUGGUUCUUGAUGGAAUGAUGAUGGCCAUCGCCGUGAGCUGCCUUACGUACUUCUACCCCGGAUUCUUCCUGGAAUCUAUCCGGAAGGGGAUGAAGAAGACGCCUAAGGCCUAAUUAUACAUACAAGAGUCUACAUUUUAAUUUAUGAAAGUUACAGUUACUGCCGGUA